GAAAGCACUUCAGACUUGAGCAGCUGACGGCGCAAAUGGAUGGCGAAGCCGAUGUAAAUGGACCAGGCGAGCGUUGGAGGACGCAAGCGCCGUGCUGAACUCUCCGCUCGCUUGGCUCAUCAGUUGCAUGUUUUCUUGGAGUCACAAGAACGGGCUAGAUUUGAGGCUGUCAGAGUGGAGCUUGUGCAACAAGAGCAACAAUGGGCAAUUGAGGCGUCAAAGCUGGAAAGACAAUUGGGGAGUUUUGGGGUGAGCAAUGCGUCGCAUGUGUGCCUUCCACAAGGUCAUUUGGAAGUUGCUUCGCAUGAAGAAGGCAGCCUGAGCGGCAGCUUCACCUCUGUGGUUUGGAGUUCUACAAGGGAAAGAAGUGUUGUGAAUUCACGCAGUCACACCACUGGAGCAUUUGAUGGAGUUCCUGGCACGUGGAAAGGUGGUAACACCGCAGGCACCACAGACCGGAGCACCACCUUCCGUCCAUGUGCUUUGGCCCAAAGAGUUGCAACAUGUCCUCCAGAGGCAAAUUGCACAGAUCACCCAUUGCAAAAUCGUUCCGUGGACGCCAUUUCAAGUGCUUCGGAUUCAAAAGCAGCCAUGGCAAUCAAAGUUGCAGUCAAUGCGGAUGCGGCACAUUUUGAUGAUUUUCAUGAGCAUUUAAAGCUUUUGUUGGCAGCGCGUGCCAAUGUCUUAGCUGCAGAAGAAGCCUUGGCGACACUGGAGAAGGAUGUGGAAGCAGCCUGGCAGCCCGACCACUUGCCAUUAUGUCCAAAGCCGGAAACAGAACCUGGAGACAAGCAUGGUACUACAAUUAACACCUGGGACCAUGAUACUACAAGCGCCUGUGAGCCCCCCAGCCCGCAGGUAAACAAGGCCAGCCGCAAAGAUCGCAUGCAAGAUAAAGUGUCACAAAGCGUGUCACAAAGCAGGAAUCAAAGUUGGAACGCAAGGUUCGACGAAAGGUUCGAAGUGACUGAGAGACCGAAAGUCACAAAGCCCAAAGGGGCCGAAGGACUCGAAGGGACGAUGAAGCCCGAUUCUGUUUUGCGCGGUCGACUGCAUGAAAUCUUCCAAAAACCGAAGCCAAAGUCUGCUGCUUUGGCAGUUCCAGAGGUUACAGAUGUUCCCGUAUUGCCCGAGCAAUCAUUGAGCAAAGCUUCGCUGAAGCCGCUGGAAAUUCAACAUUUUGCACGAGACUUCAUGGAGGCCGCAGAGGCCAGGAUAGAAAAGACAGUGGUUGAGACUUUGGAUGAUCAAGAGCGUCACCUACACCUAACUGGACCUGGAGCAGGCGGACAGGGGGCCAUUGCCGAUGGUGGAAGAGUGGCUGAAGUCGGUAGCCCUCAUGGGGACAUCGAAGUUUCUCCAAUGAAGCCUUUGGAGAAUGAGACAGAAGAAGCACCAGAGCCGGUGGAACUUGAGAAGAGGAUGGAAAUGUGGACGAACGCAGUUGAUGUCCUCAGAGCUCCUACGGAGCCCUCCAUUGCUUUCAAGACUUCCACUGCGAUGCUAGAUGGGCAGAAAACGGAGCUCCAGCUUGAAGCAGACUUUGCCAGGCGUCGCCUCACUGCGAUCGCGAAACAUCGUAAAGUCUUGAAAUUGUUGCAAGAGAAUGGGGACAAAUGGUUGAAACAAUCAAUUGCAAAGAAUUGGACGGAGCGAAUGAAAUCGGCCGAGAGGGCCAGUUUGGCUUCUUGCAGCACCCGCACCAGCCACUUGUUUAGCUUGAUGCUUUGUGUUGAAGCAGCAGUUGCUGGCUAUGACGCAGAACGCCAAAACUUGUUGAACCUUGACUUGAAUGAAGAUCAUCGAGCUCAACUUCCACGGGCUUUCACUGCCUUGGAUCGUGAAGUGGCGCGGGCUUUGAGGUCGAUCAGUGAAACUCGCCGCCUCUUCGACUCCGGUGGAGUGCGAUCGACGGACUCCGUCGAAGUCCGUCGGCGCGUGGACGAUCGACGACGCUCCGAAUGGGCGACGGUGUAUGCCGACCUGUUACAGAUUGAGUCCAAAGGAUCCACAACAAUCACUUUGAAGACUGCACAAGGCCUUGCAUGGGCCAAGAUGUGACGUGAGAUAUGACCAGAGGCCGCAAAAGGAAGCACGAGGAAAACACGGGACACGUUCCGCCUCUCACGCCUGUCACGGAUCUUUUUGCUAAAUCGAAAGGUUCAGAACGCCCUCCCUCCGCAAGUCGUGGAUGCAAAGUGGUCUUCGACCUGGAGUUUACUGCUCAAGGUGACGCUGUGAGCAGAGAGGCCACGCGGACGAGCGUAUGGAGCAGAGGACCAGCAGAAAGCAGAUCUCACAUUGGAAAAAGAAUCAUGC